AUGUCCGGUAAAGCUUUAUUAGCUAUAGUCGAAUUUAUGUCGGGAAUCUUAGAUGAACACGAGCUUCUUAUCACUAUCCCCAAACAUGGGAGUUACUUUUCUGUGGGUUCAACUCACAAAAUUAUAUGGGAGUACUCUGGCUCGUCGAAUGUCUCGAUCGUUGCGACCACUAACGACAAAACACCAGUAUUUGAACCCAUUACCGAAACCGUUUUUAACAAAACCACCACAAUCUAUCCAACGUAUAUAAACUUCUAUGUCAAUGAUACAUGGCCAGUAUCCGCAACAUAUAAAGUAGUAAUAACAUCCGUCGAGAAUCCAAUACUUACCGCUAUAUCGCAAGAUUUCUAUAUUUGGACGGUCGAAGAAAAAGAUAAAAAAUUUGUCCUUCAGUGCUUUGCGAAUAUCCUUAUUUCGAUAAUGUAUUUAAACAUAUGA